AUGACGACUCUUUCCACAACUGCAAAAUUAUCUAGUGGCAAAAUCAUUACUAUUUACGUACCUGAUCUUAAAAAUGCACAAUUACUUCUUGAAAAUAACACAAAUUCAGGGCUACCAGGUCCUCAAUUACUUUUCUAUCUUGCCUUGUUAAAUGAGUUCACACAACAAAUUCCUGAUUUUAAGAUUAGUAAUGCAGAAUUGGCAAAAGUUUUUACUAAUUCUUGGAGGAAUUCCAGCAUUGAAUACACAAACGAAUUUAUUAUCCUAGCAGAUAAACUUGGACUUAGCUAA